AGGUGCAGCACUGUACGCAGCCUCUGACAUGGCACGUCUGGGCCUCCAUGUAUUCCUCGUCCUAUGCUUCUCUUUGCUCCACUCCGGCUCCGGACGCCCAUCCCGCAUAAGGAAGUCCCCUCGAGCAACUGAAGAUGAUGAUGUGAAGGGCCAGCUUGAGAAGUUGUGGCGGGAGGUGAAUUUACUGAAAGAGAUGCAGGCCUUGCAAACAGUGUGCCUCCGUGGCAUCAAAGUCCACAGGAAGUGCUACCUCACAGUGGAGGAACCUAAACACUACCACGAGGCCAACGAACACUGUAUUGCGCAAGGAGGUACUCUGGCAACACCGCGAGAUGUGAUGGAGAACAACGAGCUUCGAGACUAUGCCAAGAGGAGUUCCCCGGGCACCAAAGACUUCUGGAUCGGCGUGGCGGACAUCGUAAAAGAAGGCCAGUACGUCGACGUCAACAGUCAGCUGGUCAGUUACUUCAACUGGGACCGCUCCAAGAAACAGCCCACUGGAAACAAGCGGGAGAGCUGUGUGUCUCUUUCCGUGGCCGCGCUGGGCAAAUGGUACGAUGAGGUGUGUCGCAGUUUGAAAAAAUACAUUUGUGAAUAUAUUAUUCCAUAAAGGUUGUGCAUGCAAAAACUCUCUCCUAUGCAGGUCAAUGGAUGAAACUGAAUAAUGCAAAUAAAUAAGUCAAAAUGCUCUGAAAUAUCAACUGAAACUGACUUGACGAUGAUGGAUGACAACCAUUGGAUGUGGGAGGUCUGGCAGGGAUUGCUGUCAACGGCAGCAAAUGAGUUAAAUAGUGGCUAUCAAUCUGAACUCUCUUAAUGCCAGCCAUUUUUAGAGUUGACAUUUCAGAGCAUUUUGAUUCAUAUUUUAAGGCAGACACGCAUUAGUAUAUAUUCUGCCUAAGUAAACCUAGAGACUACCAAAUGGAAGAUUAGACUUCUUUUAUUAAGUUCUUUUAUCUUAAAGAAUACAUUCAUUUGUACCUUAUUCUAUUUUUUAAUCAUCGGCAAUAGAACUGAGGCUGGUUUCAUGCAAAUAAUCUGUUUUGGAAAUGAAAAAACAGCUUUUUGCAAAACAAAAAGAAAGGUGAGAUGAUCCGCGGAGCUAUAAUAUAAUGUUUAAAGUGCCUACGACAGGAUAAAAAAAAGUCUUAAAUAACAUUAUUAUGUGAAUUAGAAUCAUAUUUUGAGACGAUUUUACUAUAUACAACACGUUGGCAAAACGCAAAUGACGAGAAAUUAGUCUUUUAAUUUGCCGUUUAGCCACGCCUACCAUUAUAGGGCUCUAGCGUCCCUAACAGGAGGAUGACGUUGGCAGGAUCAUGGUUUCAUCUGAUUUAGAAUUGAGCCCAUUAAGGGGGGAUUAUUCAGAACGAGGAAAAUGUGACUAAGAGGGCCGCAAAAUGUCAUUGUUUCUGUCUCUAAACUCCAAUAUUUUUA